GUGCCGAGGAGAAGAUCUUGGCGGAAUUCCGCGACUCGUGUCACCAGCACCACCACGUCCCCGCGGACUUUCACCUCCAGGCCAUGGUCCGCUCGGCCGGCAAGUUGGUCCUCAUCGACAAACUCCUCCCCAAGCUCAAAGCCGGUGGCCACAAGGUCCUCAUCUUCUCCCAAAUGGUCCGUUGUCUCGAUAUCUUGGAGGACUAUCUCAUCCAGAAGAGGUACCUCUACGAGCGAAUCGACGGGCGGGUGAGGGGCAACCUGCGGCAGGCGGCCAUCGACCGCUUCUCCAAACCGGACUCGGACCGUUUCGUCUUCCUCCUUUGCACCCGCGCCGGCGGGUUGGGCAUCAACCUGACGGCGGCCGACACCUGCAUCAUCUUCGACUCCGACUGGAACCCCCAGAACGACCUCCAGGUCAGGAGACGCCCCGGGUCUUCUUCUGGUGGGAGGGGCUUGGCCUUCAUCUUCAUUUGGAUCUGUCUUCUUGAGGCUCCAUCAUUUUCUUCUUGA